AUGGAUGACAGAUGGGUUAAUAAAGAGCCAAGUCAGAGAUUGGACCUUUCCUUGUGUGAAGAAGAAACCGAGAACCAAGAGCAGACGAUACCACCACCGAGUGAGGAGGCCCAAAGCGGAACCCCAGAGAGAGGCGAGGCUCAGGAUUUAGAGGCUCCCAGGACUCCCUUCCAGACGAUACCACCACCGAGUGAGGAGGCCCAAAGUCGAACCCCAGAGAGAGGUGAGGCUCAGGAUUUAGAGGCUCCCAGGACUCCCUUCCAGAUGAUAACACCACAGAAGGAGGCCCAAAGCCGAACCCCAGAGAGAGGCGAGGCUCAGGAUUUGGAGGCUCCCAGGACUCCCCUCCAGGACAUACAUGCGCGUGACAGCUCUAGGGAGAGCGACCAAGAAAGUCCGGAUUCCAUGAUUCGGAGUCUAAGGUCAGAAUCCCCCAAAUGUCCAGCAACCCCAGCACGACCUGGCAGAAGAAGCGACCCGUGGCUCAGUGUCUGCCCUGCUACACCCAAGGUCAAACUGCUGUGCUCCCUAGACUUCCUCUCCUCUCCUGCCUUCGUGAAGUGCGGCCUCUCCCUAGGCAACUUCUCGGGCCUGUCGAAAAAUCCAAUGAUUUCUUCAGUGGGGAAGUCUGCCUCUCGAAGCUCUAAGCAUUUGAAGAGCUCACCUGGUCCACUCAUGGAUGAGAGGACCUCAUUGUCUCUGGUCAAUGUAAAUCCAUUCACCCCAGAGUCUUACAGAAAACUAAUCCAUCAUUCAAAAGGCAAGAGGAAAACCCAAGGAGAUCUUGAGGGAACCAGUGCAGAGGAAGGCAAAGCAGAACAAGGACGGCCUGCCAAGAAAAGUCUGCUAGAAGAAAUUAACAUGGCUUCCCGAUAUGCAAAGGAAUUCUUAGAGGUAGAAAAACUUGGGGUUGGAGCAUUUGGUACAGUCUACAAAUGCAUCAAGAGGCUAGAUGGGUGUAUUUAUGCAAUCAAGUACUCGACAAGAACCUUUUCAGGCCUAUCAAAUGAGAAUUUGGAUUUGCAUGAAGUGUAUGCUCAUGCGGUGCUUGGACAUCACCCACAUGUGGUACGUUACUAUUCUUCCUGGACAGAAGAUGAUCAUGUGAUCAUCCAGAAUGAAUACUGCAAUGGUGGAAGCUUACAAGCUGCUAUAUCUAAAAACACUAAGGCUGGCAAUCAUUUCCAAGAACCCAAACUCAAGGACAUGCUUCUUCAGAUUACCUUGGGGCUCAAGUACAUCCACAAUGCUGGCAUGGUACACAUGGACAUCAAACCUAGCAACAUUUUCAUUUGUCAUAAUAUGCAAAGUGACUCUCCUGAAGGCCCAGAAGAAGCUGAAAAUGAAGCUGAUUGGUUUUUAUCUGCCAGUGUGAUAUAUAAAAUUGGUGAUCUGGGUCAUGUGACAUCCAUAAGUAAACCAAAAGUGGAAGAAGGAGACAUUUGCUUCCUGGCUAAUGAGAUUUUACAAGAGAAUUAUCGCUACCUCCCCAAAGCGGACAUAUUUUCCUUGGGAUUGACCAUGGCAGUAGCUGCGGGAGCGCAGUCACUACCUGCCAAUGGUGAAGAGUGGCACCACAUCCGCAGGGGCAACCUUCCCAGCAUCCCUCAGGAGCUCUCGGAAGACUUCUACCAGUUGCUCCAGAACAUGAUCCACCCUGACCCGGAGGAGAGACCUUCUGCAGCAGCUCUGGCCAGGAGUCAAGUUCUCCGGCCCUCCCUGGGGACCACAGAGGAGCUCCAGCAGCAGCUGGACUUGGAAAAGUCCAAGAUAGCCGCACUGGAAAGGGAACUGAGAGAAGCCCAGCAAGCCCAGUCCUCCCAAGGAGACAUCCCCCAGGGCCACCCCAGUGAUUCUGAGGCCCACCCAGGACCAAGGACCACAAAGCAUCUGGUCGGAGGAAAGAGUAGGAAGUCUUCAAGCUUUACCUGUGGGGAAUCUUCCCCAUAG